UGUAGUUAAGUGUGGAAAACUGGCUCCACUGGAAUGAAUGAGGUGAUUGAUUCCACCCUCCUGGCUCAAGUAUAGCGAUUGUACUGUUUUUUGCUACCUUGUUAAUCGCAGUCCCUGGGUUUCAUGCUUGUGGAUGAAAUGAACUGGUGCUCCAGGUGUUCGACAAAAUGCCUCUGAACGCUCUGCAUCAGUAUAUACAAUUAGAAGAGAAAUUACCUGAUAAUAGGGAAGGCGGCUGGUGUUCCUUCCUAAUAAAGUAUGCCCCACAAUCUAACCAAAAGUCUUCAACACCAGUUACACAACCACAUCCUUGACAAAUUGCAUAUGCUUUAAUGCACCGUUUUGAAGUAAUGCUAAGCAAAUCUCAAUGUGAUAGCUGGUUUUAAGUCACUGGAUUGGUGCCAUAAAUAGGGUAGAUGGUAUGUCAAUUUCUAUAAAUACAAGUAGAUGGUCUGUUCUUUGCAAUAAAUACUAGUUAGAGUAGUAAACCAUAUAGCUUCAGAGACUCAUAUAAAUACUACUGUGGUAAGUGUUAAGUGUAGGUGCAAAUGCAAUUAAAGUACCAGUCUUGAUAAGGAUGAAUGUUAAUGCAGGACUGUUUUCUUCCACUUCUCUACUCUUCUUCCUUUUGUGUUUUUUCCAAUCCCAUUGUGAAGCAAAGGAUGUCUUGAAGAACUAUAAUGAGAUAGAGCUUCCUGGAGUGCUUGGCCCUGAAAGCAUAGCCUUCGAUUGCAGGGGAAAGGGUCCUUAUGUUGGUGUCUCAGAUGGUAGAAUCUUCAAAUGGCAAGGACCACAACUUGGUUGGACUGAGUUUGCUAUUCCCUCUGCUGAUAGGGAUAGGAAAGUUUGUGAUCGAGCAACCGAUCCCGAGUUGGAACAGAUAUGUGGGAGGCCACUAGGUCUGAAAUUCAACACUGCAACUUGUGAGCUCUUCAUUGCAGAUGCCACCUUCGGGCUUCUAAAGGUAGGACUGGAAGGAGGGGUUGCAACCCAACUUGCCAAUUCAGCUGAAGGUGUUCCCUUCCAGUUCACAAAUGGUCUGGACAUUAACAUCAAUACUGGAGAGGUCUUUUUUACUGUCAGCAGCAUGGUCUUUCAAAGAAGGGACUAUGCACUGGCAUUCAUUAGCAUGGACAAAACAGGGAGGCUAUUGAAAUAUGAUCCACAUACCAACAAUGUCACAGUCCUCCACAGAAAAUUAGCAAUCCCAAAUGGGAUUGCUCUAAGCAAGAACAAUUCAUUUCUCUUGGUUGCAGAAUCGACCACAUCAAGGAUUCUGAAAUUUUCUUUUAUAAAUGACUCAACCAGUGUUGGAACCCCAAAACAUCUUGUUCAGCUUAAAAGACCUCCUGAUAACAUAAAGAGAAACGCAAAGGGAGAGUUCUGGGUGGCGCUUGUUUCUGGGUUAGACGAGGUGAGUGUGACAGUGAGUAUGCCAUCGUCCGUUGAAGAUCCUGUGGGUGUAAAAAUCAAUGAAGAAGGAAGGGUCAUUGGUGUUUUGUCUGCAAAUGGGAGUAAAGAACUUGAGUCUAUUAGUGAAGUUGAAGAAGUUGAUGGGGUCUUGUGGAUUGGGUCUGUAGUGAAACCCUAUGUUGCUCAUAUCGUUGUCUAGUAGCAUCACCCAAAAUUUCUAUUCUCUUUUGUACUUUCUUUCAAGUGUUGUGCUUCAACAAUGUCAAAGAAUCAGAAUUGAUGUGGGUAUACACAUAUAUAUACCUAUCAUCAACUGUAAUUGUUGUAUUCAAGAGUCCGUUUGGGAGUGUGUUGGGUUUUGA